CGCUUACACUGCGGUGGUUCUGUUUUCUGCCAGUGAGUCAGCGUCAGGGCUGCAGAUCAAUAACCUCUGAUUAUUAUCACUGCAAUAAUUAUCUUCGUAAAACUUAAAGCGUAGCAGACAGACUGCAUUUUUUUACUGCCUAGAUUUUUAAGCUGACUCUAAUUUGUGUCCAAACGAAUCAUGGAUCAGUUUCGUGGUUUAUUUGUAAAAUUGGACCAAAACAAGGAUGGAUUCAUAUCCGUAUCGGAGCUGCACAAUGAAAUGAGAAAGCAUGGGAUCCUGUCAGGUGAUGGCAAGGUCAAGAGUAUCAUUGACUCUUAUGACAAAGACAAAGAUGGCCUGUUGGAUUAUAAAGAGUUCCUCAGCUACAUGAUGGACAGAGAGAGGAAAUGGAAAAUUUACUUUCAUGAGCUCGACAAGAACAAGUGUGGGGUGAUUGACCAGGAGGACAUCAUAAGUUUGUUUAAGGAGUUAGGAGUGGUCAUAUCAAAGCCGAAUGCAAAACAAAUUAUUCAAAUGAUGGAUAAGGACAGCUCCAUGACAGUGGACUGGGGUGAAUUCCUGCAUCAUGUCAUCCUCAACCCUGUGGACAACAUCGGGGAGCUAGUGUCGUCGUGGAAACACAGUCUGGUUUUCGAUGUGGGCGAGAGCCGUGCGAUGCCCAUCGAGUUCUCUGAAGAGGCGUCUGGUUUUGGGGCCUGGAGGACGUUUGUUCUGGCGGCAGGACUGGCCGAUGCUGUAUCUAGAAGUGUGACAGCACCCAUUGACCGCCUUAAGACCCAACUUCAGGUUCAUGGAUCCAAGGCGUUCUCUCAAGGCUUUCAGGAGAUGAGGGCCGGUGGUCUGCGUUCGAUGUGGCAAGGAAACGCUGUCAAUGUUCUGAAAGGAACACCACAGUCCACCCUGCAGUGUCUCAUCUACACUCAGAUGAAGGUGUACACCCAGAAUAGAACGCAGCAGACUCUGACGGUGCAGCAGCGUUUCGGUUUGGGCUGUGUGUCCGGUGCUGUUGCUCACGCUGCCUUCUACCCUUUAGAGGUGCUGAAGGUGAGGUUGAACCUACAACAAGCUGGCACCUACAAUGGUGUUGUGGCAUGUGCCCGUUCUAUUUACAGACAUGAGUCCAUGUCCUCUUUUUACAGAGGAUUCAAGCCCAGCAUCCUCUGCAUGAUCCCCUACGCAGGUGUGGAGUGUGCGGUUCAUCAGUCCAUCAUGAACUGGGCGAAGAGUGACCCUGCCUACAACAGUGACUCCAAGCUGUUUUUCUUCAGUUUUGUAGCCUUCGCUUCAGGACAGAUGACUAGUUACCCGCUGGCAGUGAUCCGGACUCAGCAGCAAGCACAAGGUAAAGCUCUGAAACAUCCAAAAUCAUUUACAACAACUUGGGGUGUUUUACUAAUCGCUAUUUGUCUUGUUUUCCAGCAUUCAGCUCAGAUUUACAUCCAGCUAAAGGAGUGUUACAAGGACUCAUUGGGAUAUAUGAAAGAAAUGGAGUUAGAGGAUAUUAUAACGGGAUGGGGGCCAGCUUUGUCAGGGCUAUUCCAUGUGCUUUGAUAAACUACACUUUAACUAGAAAAUUUGAAAGUCUAUUUUCUUCAUUUGAGUCUUGAGAUGAAGUGACGAGGUUGCUUUCUUUUUGUGCGGAUCUUUUUCUUUUAUAACUUUUUAAGGGACUUGAUCAGGAAAACUGUGAAACAAAUAUUUAUUUGACCUGACUUUUGCAAUAUAACUAGAAUCUUCUCAAAUGGUUGAAAUUGCUUGGGUGAGGUCUGUCAGACUUAAGUUAUCAUGUGUCUGUGACUCAACCUUUCAUUUAACUGAACAGUUUCCCACUGAUCAAGAGACUGAAACAUGGUGCACCAUGUGUUGAAAUGUGAGAUGUACAAUAAAAUUUUAUUUAAUUACGGA